AUGAGCGCCCCUUCACUCCUACGACACUUUGCAACACCCGCGCGGUCAGUAGCAGCAGCCUCCCGCCUUGCCUCGUCAAUUCGAUACACACAGCAGUUCCGCAGCAUGGCCAACGCUCAACUGCAAGCCCGCUUCAGCGAGGGCUCAGAUGAGGCAUCCCUCUCGUCGACGCUGGACACUCUCCUCAGCAAGGGCCGCUGGGCGCUCGUAAACGAAGGCGAGGCCGUCGAGCGCAGCUUCAAGUUCAAGAACUUUGCCAAGACUUGGGACUUCAUGACGGCAGUGAGCCUGCAGUGCAAGACUCACAACCACCACCCAGAGUGGUCCAAUGUCUACAACACGACCUUCAUCCGCUGGACGACACAUAGCCCCAAAGGCCUGUCCGUCAAAGACCUCAAGCUUGCCAUGAUCUGCGAUGCGCUGGCCAAGGACUUUGGCGAGGUCGAGGCACCGGCUGCCGAGACCCCUGAUGAGGGCGCCAGCUGCGGGAUCAGGGGGCUGGCGGACAAGGCCGCCCGCACGGCCGGGGACUGCUGCGUCCCGAAGCCGAAGAACUGA